GGAAGUGAGGCACGGGGCAUGUCCGGUGACGUCAGCGCGUCUGGACGCCAUUCGAGUUGCAGCUGUUUGAGGAGCAACAACAACAACACGAACGAACGCUCGCACGGAACCUGCACUGGACCGCGGAAGCCCGACGCUUCUUUCCCUCCCCCGGGCUUCACCGGCUUCUAACCACGGCCGCUCUCGGUGAGGAAACUCUGGCCUCCGCUUCCUCCUCCUCCGACUCGGACACCGGCGGAGCGUCGCCGCCCCCGCGGAAGAAGCACCGAGCCUCGGCGGCGGAGGGAGCAGGAGAGCCCGAGGCUUCAGCGGGCCUUGCGUCAGCGACCCACCUCAGACGAACCGGCAACAACAUGCAGUCAAACGGGACAGGACAGGACCAGAACCACUCGACCAACGCGCAGAACGGAGAGUCUUCCACCGCCGGACAUGCCAACGGCCUCCAGACAAACGUGAACGCCAGCGGGGCGCAGAGUGGAGCGAGUUCGGGGGCCUCCGGGACGACUUCGGGUUCCUUGAAGAAGAAAAAGCGCCUGUCUCAGGCGGAGGAGGAUGUCAUUCGACUUAUCGGACAGCAUCUACACGGGUUGGGAUUAAAUCAGACGGUGGACCUGUUAAUGCAGGAAUCAGGCUGUAGACUGGAGCAUUCUUCUGCCACGAAAUUCCGCAACCAUGUUAUGGAAGGAGAAUGGGACAAGGCUGAAAACGACCUCAACGAGCUGAAAGCACUGAUGCAUUCACCCAACGCUAUUGUGCGGAUGAAGUUUCUGCUGUUACAGCAGAAGUAUCUGGAGUAUUUGGAGGAUGGGAAGGUUCUAGAAGCCCUGCAGGUGUUGAGAGGGGAACUGACGCCGCUCAAAUACAACACGGACCGCAUCCAUGUGCUCAGCGGGUAUCUGAUGUGCAGUCAUGCUGAGGAUCUCAAGGCAAAGGCUGAGUGGGAGGGGAAAGGGGCGGGGUCACGAUGUAGAUUACUGGACAAAUUACAGACGUACCUGCCACCCUCUGUGAUGCUGCCCCCCCGGCGACUGCAGACGCUGCUCAGACAAGCGGUCGAAAUGCAGAGGGAUCGCUGCCUUUAUCACAACACCAAACUGGACUCCAGUCUGGACUCGGUUUCUUUACUGCUGGAUCACGUAUGCAGCAGGAAACAGUUUCCUUGUCACACACAACAGAUCCUCACAGAACAUUGCAACGAGGUCUGGUUCUGCAAGUUCUCCAACGACGGCACUAAACUGGCCACUGGAUCCAAGGACACCACCGUGAUCGUCUGGCAGGUGGAGCCGGAAACUCAUCAGCUGAAGCUCUUACGGACGCUGGAGGGUCACGCGUAUGGCGUGUCAUAUCUGGCAUGGAGUCCUGAUGAUGUUUAUCUGAUCGCCUGCGGUCCAGACGACUGCUCGGAGCUCUGGCUGUGGAACAUUCAGACAGGAGAACUGCGGACAAAGAUGAGUCAGUCUCACGAGGACAGCCUGACCAGCGUCGCCUGGAACCCUGACGGCAAACGCUUCGUCACUGGAGGUCAAAGAGGACAGUUUUACCAAUGCGAUCUUGACGGAAACCUGCUGGAGUCGUGGGAAGGUGUGCGUGUGCAGUGCCUCUGGUGUAUGAAUGACGGUCGGACCGUUCUCGCCUCCGACACGCAUCAGCGGAUCCGAGGUUACAGCUUUGAGGACCUAACAGACAGAAACAUCGUUCAGGAAGAUCAUCCGAUAAUGUCUUUCACUGUUUCCAAGAACGGAAGAUUAGCUUUGUUAAAUGUAGCAACUCAGGGCAUUCAUCUCUGGGACCUGCAGGAUCGAGUAUUGGUCAGAAAGUAUCAGGGUGUGACACAAGGUUUCUACACCAUUCACUCCUGCUUCGGGGGACACAAUGAGGAUUUCAUCGCUAGUGGCAGCGAAGAUCAUAAGGUUUAUAUUUGGCACAAACGCAGCGAACUGCCAAUUGUGGAGCUGACGGGACACACACGCACAGUGAACUGCGUCAGCUGGAACCCGUGUAUUCCCAGUCUUAUGGCCAGCGCUUCUGACGAUGGCACAGUCCGCAUAUGGGGUCCCGCGCCAUUCCUGGACGCACAAGAGCUGGACGGUCUCAAUGAGACUGGCAGCAGUAUGGACAGUUGAUGGCAGCCGCGGAACAGACCACACCUUGUUAUAUCUACAAGAGAAAAACGUGAUUACAGCAUUCCCCUCCUCCACAACUACACAAGUGCAGACAUGAAAGAGAUUCGGAGCCUCGGUUUCAGGAGUUUAGAGGCAGCAGAGACCUGAUCUGUCUCCAUAGCAACCCGAUGGAUCGGAUCUCUUUCCCUUCAUGGGAUUCCCAUGUUCCCAUAUUACCUUCCAUUAGGCCUGAAGACGAGACCCCCAAAUUCUGGGCCGCUGCGCCAAUUAGUGAUAUCUCUGUGGGGGGGGGGAUUUAGGGGGUUGGAUCCAGGGUUCGGCCGGGUGUAUAAAAUCACAUUCAAUGUUUUUCUCUCUCUCAAUCCUGUCUGAGGAUAAACACUUUUUUUAAUGAAAUAGUCCUAGCAAUUCUUUCUUUCGUUCCUUUAACAGUUCACAGUUCCACAGUUUGGGCUUUUGGUGUUGAUGAUGGAGUGCUGUAGUUUGUUUUUUAUCUCUUAAGUACACAAAUGCGUUUGUUUCAGCUCCCGAACUCCCGCACCCACACCACAUCAGCAGGGGUCAAAGGUCGCAGUCUGGGCUGUUCUGAUCUGAGAGUUUGACUGAAUUCUGCUUCGGCCUCCCUACUGUAGCACAACCGUGUGUGUGCGUAUAUGUGCCUGAAUCUAUGACUGAUUGUGUGUGUGUGUGUGUGUGUGUGUGUGUGUGUGUGUGUGUGUGCGCGUGCUUGCAUCUGCGUGUGUGCGUGUGUUCAUAUGUGCGUUCAUAUGUGCCUGAAUCUAUGACUGCUUGUGUGUGUGUGGGUGUGUGUGUGUGUGCUUGCAUCUGCACUGUUUCAUACCAGCGAGAGCGUGUCCCUUGUUUAGCUGUAUGAAUAAUUUUAACAGGAUCUGAUUGAAGCCCCAGAGACCUUUCAUCUGUGGAACAAAAACUUGAGAACCAUUUUGUAUUUUUUUUUAAAAGAAUGUUAUUAGCAAAGUUCCUUUUUUCACCACUUACCUUAGAGGUGGCGUUCAUGAGAGAGACUGUUGUUAGUACAAAAAGAAAAAAUAACAAAAGUGACUGAUGUCGAAACGCACGUUCUGAUCUUCACUGUAUGCGCAAAUGCACAAAUAUGAAAACAGAGCUGAGUUUAACGCAGAACGUGUGUGAAACGUGCCGAAUGCAACAGCUUUAAAAGAUACUGUGACACUCGAACUGUCAUUCAGAUAUUCGGCUUGAGGAGUUUGUGGCGUGUAAAUGAUGACCUAUGCAGCGACAUUGAGCUGAGAGCCCCGAUGUAAAAUAUUUCUCGUAACAGUCAUACCAGCAUUAAAACAAACCGUCUGCACUACAUAUCCACAAAGAUUUCACGCACACGGAAGCUCAGUUAGUUCAGUUAUAUCAUCGGUUUACUGAUCUGAGCUGUUUUACACCAAAUAUAAAGCUUUUGAUUCCCCCGUUUUUGGUGACAACAAAUAUUUGCUAUGGACUGAUAUUAAAUGUUUGAAAAGAAUGCUUUUCUGCUUGUUUUUAUGGAAGUUUUUGUUACUUUUUUGUUUUGUUUUGUUUUUUUUGUUUACAAUAUUUUUUGGUUGACCUUAUCUCUGUAUCAUUAUAUUAAACUAUAACCAGACAAAUCGCCUCCUUUUUGAAUCUUUUGUUAAGCAUUAUUGGCAUGCUUUCCCUUUUUAACAAUACAUUUAUUGCAUUAAUCAUAAUUUUGUUGCCAUCCACAUAUGCAUUUCUUAGUCAUUGUGGUGCUUAAAUGUCUGUGUUCACAUGCAGAUGAGCUUCAAUUGAAAAUCUGGAUUAUCUAAAAAGUGGAAACUUCUGUUUAAUCUAGACACCUGUUUACCAAGAACACUUUACUAGAGAAAUGUUUUAAUAUGAGGGGUUCAACAUGGUCAAUAUCCUAAAUUCAAUAGCUUUCAUAGUAAAGCCCUUUGUGAAAUUCUUUAUGAGAGUUCCAACAACUAUUUCAGUUUUUAAAGGCUUGUUACAUAGGUUUUGAUUUGUAUCAGGAAAGGUCUUUGAAAUGGUCAUCAAUACUUGUAAAGCUUAUAGUUUUGCUUUUGAAUUUUGCCUAUUUACCCAAGUACUGUAUCGUGCCAUAAGCAAAAAAAUACAAUUGGUCGCUGCUGAAACCAGGCUAAAGCUGGUGCACUGUGAUUUUGGCUGGUCCUCAUUUUCGUAUAAGAUCGAAAAACAAGUCUGCUCAAUACAGCAGUGAAUACACUAUUGAUGGUUUUGUGAACCAUGUGCAAGAAAUUCUGUUAUGUUUUUUAGCAGGGGUCCUGCUCUCAUGUUUGACUGUAAGUGGGACGUGUUCUGCUGAUUGAGAAGUGACUUUCUCAUCAUGAUGACAACUCUAUCCAGAGGACCCACUUGCAUUAAAUGUGUUAUUUUCAAAAGUGAUUGUACUGUUUUGUAUUGUUGUGUAGGAUAUGUUAUGUAUGCAUAUGUUCAAUAAAGCAUUCAGGGUUUUCAAAGAG